CUUCCCCGUCUCUUUGAUAUUCCAGAUCCAAAUACUCCUCAGUAUAUUAAUGGCGAUGAACUCUCUGAGAUUCUGAUUCCAAGCCUGUCUAUUCUAUUCACCACCGCAAGAGCGUAGAUUUUUCUUUUCUGGCGUGGGCGGCGGUUUCGUGUUCAUCAGGCAGGAGGGAAAGGCCAUGUGAGUUGCUUUAAUUGGUCUGAGCUUUGUAUUUUACCAGUUCUCAAUCAACUCUUACUAAUUUGGGUGGUUUGUGUGACAUGGGAAAAUGCAAGAAUUCUGGGAAAUCCGGAAAACUGGCACAGGACAGAACUAUGAGCUCUUACCACUUCAUCCUUCUUCAGUCUCCUGUUGUUUCUGUGUGGGAUUGCAUUGUGCGCAAGAUGAGGUACUCGCAUAGACCUGAGUGGGUGUAGAUACACUCAUAGAUCAUCUCUUUUCUCAAAGUAUUACCUAACAAUUUCAUAGUCUUUCAGUAGUACUUCAGUCGGUUUGUUUUCUACAUAUUCAUCACAUAAUGACUUAUACAAAGAAAGGGAAUACACAUUGAAGUAUACUUCUUAGGAAAAUAGUAUAGCCUAUAGAAUAAUUGGUGCUCUAUAUAAGAUAUGGACGGUGCCAAAGUAGCACACCCAUCCAGUGUCAGUACUAAGUUGAAGAAAAAACAAGGGAAGAACGAGCUGGACCGAACCAAACAGGCCGAGAAGAAGAAAAGACGGUUAGAGAAGGCAUUAGCCACAUCUGCAGCGAUUAGAUCAGAAUUAGAAAAGAAGAAAGAGAGGAAGAAAGAAGAGCAGAAGAGGCUUGACGAAGAAGGUGCUGCCAUUGCUGAAGCCGUGGCUCUGCACGUGUUACUGGGCGAAGAGGAGGAAGAAGAUUGGGACCACACCAUGCAGAAAAAGGACGCGUUUCUUAUGGGCAGAGGGGGAAGAAGAGUGUUUGGAUGGGAGGGUAGCGGAUUGGGAGACCGUGUUUGGGUGGGGUCGGCGUCUGGAUACUACCGCGAGGGAGGAGGGAAUUGGGAGAUGGUGGGGAUUUCUCCACACUUGGUUGCAGAACAAGCCAUUGCCUCCCUUCAGAUUGGGGAGGGCACGUCUUUGAUCGGGCGCUAAUGAGCAAGUAAAUGGUUGUCUGCCCAUAUUAUUAUGAUGUUUUCUGGUUUUUAUUGUGUUUGCAAGUUGUUGUAAUGGUGUAUGAUUGUAUGUAUGUGUAUACCAAGGCUAUGAUGUUUUGCUAUACAAUUGUGUCUGUGGUUUGGGUGUGAUUGUUGUUUAACCAUAUGAUCAAGUGAAUUACACU